AUGCAGCCAGAAAACGAUGGUCACAAGUCAUCAGUACAAUCAGAAGUCUCGAAUGAUUCAACUGUCAACCACAAUAUCGUAACUGCUCCUAAUAACGAGCAAGAAAAAACACCCGCACAACCAGAAACACCAAUAGACCCAUUAGAAGAAGCCAGGUUACAAAAAGCAAAAAGAACAAAGCGUAUCCUGACAUUCCUUGGCCUUCAGAUAUCUCUGUUCUUGGCAGCUUUAGAUAGUACCAUUGUCGCUACAGCUCUUCCACGAAUUGGAUCCGACUUUAACAAAAUGGACAUUGUUUCAUGGGUUGCCACAGCUUAUAUCUUAACAUUUGAUGCCUUUCAGCCUCUUUUCUCAAAAUUCUCUGACAUUUUUGGUAGAAAGUUGGUUCUGAUUUUUGGGAUUUGUCUAUUUCUAUUCGGAUCAAUCUUAUGUGGAGCGGCAAAGUCUAUAGUUAUGCUGAUCAUUUUCCGUGCCGUAUCCGGCAUAGGGGGUGCUGGUAUUUUUUCCAUGGUAUUCGUAAUCAUAUCAGACAUUGUUCCACUCGAAAAAAGAGGCAGCUAUCAAGGAUUAAUUAAUGCAGUAUUUGCUAUGUCAAGCAUAUUUGGUCCUUUGAUCGGUGGAAGCUUUACAGAAUAUGUCUCAUGGCGCUGGAACUUUUAUAUCAAUCUACCAAUUGGUGGAGCUGCACUUGCAGUAUUGUUUUUCUUUUUAGAUCUACCUGUACCAAAGGGCAAGCUAAUCGACAAACUAAAGCGCGUCGAUUACGUAGGAACUGUUAUCGUUCUUUCAUUUUCCACUCUCUUCUUGUUGGCAUUGAAUUUCGGUGGCCAGGCAUUCCCAUGGAAAUCUGCUGCCGUAAUUGCGCCUCUAGUCAUCUCUAUCGCUCUUGUGGGUUUAUUAUGCUUAGUUGAAUCCAAAUUUGCAAAGGAACCAUUGAUGCCUCCACGAUUAUUUAAGAACCGGUCUGUUUUAGGCGCUUUGCUUACCAAUUGGUUCUUUGGCAUGUCGUUUUUGGGAAUGCUUUACUACCUUCCCGUUUACUUCCAAGUCGUUCGACAUGACACUGCCAUGUGGUCAGGAAUAAGACUGAUUCCCAUGCAAAUGAUUGUCUGCACUGUAUCUACUAGCACAGGAUUUUUAAUCUCAAAGACUGGAAGAUAUCGUCCUCUUUUAAGUAUUGGCUUGGCCUUACUUUCACUGUGUCUGGGUCUUUUGUCCCUUUUUGAUAAAAACACAAGCUGGUCAAGAGUAUAUGGUUUUACUAUCAUAGGAGGACUCGGAAUGGGAUGUAUGUUCGCUUCAUCAGUAAUUGCAUUACAGGCCGCUGUAGAAAAAAAGGAUAUUGCCGUCGUUACUGGCUUAGGCAGCUUUUCACGUAUUCUUGGUGGCGCGCUUGGAGUUGCAAUUGCAUCAACUAUCGUCAAUUCGACGCUCACUCAAGACCUACCACUUCGCAUACCAAGUGAACAAGCACAACAAGUACUUCAAUCAUCUGCUUAUGUCCACAAUGGUCUUCCCGAAGAAUACCUAGAUACUGUUUUGGAAGUAUAUACUGAAGGUCUUCAGUUGGUUUGGCAUGUCUUAACAGGCAUGGCCGGUGCAGGUUUUAUUAGUUCUUUGUUCAUAAAGCAUCAUGAAAUGCGCAAAAGAGGCCCCCCAAUUAAAGAGGAAGAGAAAACCCCGACAGAUGAAAUAGUUAUUCCACCCCAAGAGAAUAUUGAAGGAGCUGUGAUAGUGGAUGUGGCUGAUACGAAGAAGGAAGAACCAGCCAAAAGCCGUCUUUAA